UCGACGUGAGAGCGGCAAAGCAAGAUGGUGCCGUCGUUUGGCCAGCUGAGCAGGAGCUGGAGUGGGCGAGUGGGCAUUGUGGUUGGUGCUGGUGUCUUGGGAUUGGGCGUGGGUGCGUUUGCGGCGGCAGCGGUGGGCUUGGUGAAGGCGGUCGUGUCGCGGCCAGUGCUGGUGAGCAAGGCUAUGGAGAUGGGCGCCAAGCGAGUGGUGGUUGUGCCAGCAUCGACAAAGGGGGACGAUGGCCAAGUGCGGGAGGUGGAGGAGGGAGGCAGCGAUGGCGAUGUCAAGAUCCUUGGCGUGCUCUUUGAUAUGGACGGUACGCUGGUGGAGACGUUUGGCAUCUGGGCGACGCUGCUGGAUGCGUGCGCGAAGGAGAUGGGCUACAAGGACGGCGUCGACCGCGAGGCCUACCGCGGCGUGUUUGGCCAGCCGAUGGAGAAGAACGUCGAGGUGUUUAUGCCGGGGGCCGAUGUCUCCGCCGUGACCGCCUACUGCAAUGCGCACUACGGCGAGUACCUCGACCAGCUUCAGGUGCUGGAUGGGGCGUUGGAGGCGGUCGACGCCGCAGUGGCGCUGUUUGGCUCGCGGGUCGGGCUCGUCACCAACUGCCCGGCAGCUAUUACCCAGCUCAUCCUGCAGGCAGCCAAGCUCGAGUCGACGUUCAGUGUGGUGGCGUGCUCGGGCGCCGAGGCUGUGCCGGCGACUCAAAUGCUGAGCCCGCGCGCGAGUGGAGCGCGCAAGCUCCGUGGUAAGCCGCACACCGACAUGCUCGACUAUGCCGCGGCGCAGCUCGGGCUGGACACUUCCGAGUGUCUGAUGGUCGGCGAUACGCGGUACGACAUGCUCGCCGGCGAGGCCGCAGGGUGCGUGACGGUCGCAGUCGAGCCGUCGCCACUGGCGCACGUCCAGCUCGCAGGCAUCGAAGAGUUUGGCGCCUGGCUCCGGCAUCGGCCGCGCACCGCUGGCGAGUAGAGGUUAGUCAAAGUGGACAAACUUGCGGCAAGAGAGCGGAAAGAUGGUGAGGACGGUGACGCCAAAGAGGCCGACGACUUCGGCCACCAGGAGGCCGACGAGCGGCGACCAGAGCUGCGGAGUGGUAAGGGUAAAGUGGGGACGGGCCGAGGCGUAGACUAGGGCGCCGAGGACAUAGACCAGGAUGCAGGUGAGGAGGGCCC